GUGACCCCGGGCCCCUUGGGCGGGCGCAGCCAGCCCCGCGCCGCCGGUGCAUGGACUGAGAUGGCCUCCGAGCUGGCCAUGAGCGGCGAGCUGCCCACCAGCCCGCUGGCCAUCGAGUACGUCAACGACUUCGACCUGAUGAAGUUCGAGGUGAAGAAGGAGCCGCCCGAGGCCGAGCGCUUCUGCCACCGCCUGCCCGCGGGCUCGCUCUCCUCCACCCCGCUCAGCACCCCCUGCUCCUCGGUGCCUUCCUCGCCCAGCUUCUGCGCGCCCAGCCCCGGCGCAGCGGCCCCGGCGCCGCGCCGCCCGGGCAGCGCCGGCAAGGCGCCGCUGGAGGAUCUCUACUGGAUGUCGGGCUACCAGCACCCGCUCAACCCGGAGGCGCUGAACCUCACCCCGGAGGACGCGGUGGAGGCGCUGAUCGGCAACCCGCACCCGCUGCACGGCUACGAGGGCUUCCGGGGCCAGGGCUUCCCCGGCGAGGAGGCGGCCCCGGCCGGGCACCACCACCAUCACCACCCGCACCACCACCACCCGCACGCGGCGCACCCGCACCACCCGCACGCGGCGCACCCGCACCACCACCUGCGGCUGGAGGAGCGCUUCUCGGACGAGCAGCUGGUCAGCAUGUCGGUGCGGGAGCUGAACCGCCAGCUGCGGGGCUUCAGCAAGGAGGAGGUGAUCCGCCUCAAGCAGAAGCGACGCACGCUGAAGAACCGGGGCUACGCCCAGUCCUGCCGCUACAAGCGGGUCCAGCAGCGGCACAUCCUGGAGAACGAGAAGUGCCAGCUGCAGGGCCAGGUGGAGCAGCUCAAGCAGGAGGUCUCCCGGCUGGCCAAGGAGCGGGACCUGUACAAAGAGAAGUACGAGAAGCUGGCAGGCCGCGGCUUCCCCCGGGAGCCGCCCCCCCCGGCUGCCCCCAAAGCCUCGGCCGAGUUCUUCAUGUGAACGGGGACCCCCUCCCCAGCUCCCCGGGACUCGCCCGCCGUGUACAUAGAGGGGCUGGCUGCUGUACAUAGACUCGUGUUUCUGUGUGUGUCUCCGGGCUGCAAACAAACUCACAAAGCAGGCGCGCACCCCAUGCCGGGCAAGGUCCCCCCCGCCCCCGCUUGCGUCUCCUUCCCUCCCCGCGUGGGCUGCCCACGAAAGCCCCAGCCCCGCUGCGAGCUCGCUGCGUUCCUGCCGCAGCCCCGGGUCCUGCCCCUUGCGAGAGCCACGCGAGUUCCCCCAGCGCAUCCUCCUGCCGCUGUCUCUCUCUAGGAAAAGAGCCCGAGCUGGGACUUGCCGAGGCGAGGCAGCCUCCAGACAGUCACACGCUCACUCCUGAGUCUUAACACGGUGUGAUCACGAAAACUUUAAAAAAAAAACCAAACCCGUCCAGCCCAGGCAAAGCUUUGGCUGGUGAGAAAGACAAACUGAACUUUCCAAGACUUGAAGCAAUAGGGGGAAAAAAACUGAGCAAACCUCUGAAUUUUUUCUCUCUCCUGGAAAACUGGGUAACAAACCAAAAUCGUUUCGGGAGAAAAAGUGCAUCAUAAUGAAAUCCUCCUCUAUACUCUUCUCAAUACUCCUACUAAUUAAUAAAGCAGCGUCCAAGGAACUGUGCAACUUCGCUGUGGUUCUUAGAAGACUUUUUAAGCAAUCCUGCAUGCAGGACAUGUAUGGUAUUUCAAUAAUCUCCCCUUCUUUUCUACUAGAACAGAUGAAGAAAAAGCAUGAUUCAGUUUUUUUUUUUUGGUAAUAUUUUUGUUUGUUUUUUCCCCAACGGUCGGUUUUUAGUUUGCAGCACUCUUUUUGGGUGCAUCUUAAAUAACAAAUAGUCUUAAAAUGUUUGCAAAGUGAUGUUUUCUCUCUCAGUGGAACAGUGCAGCAAAACACUCACAAAAGGGACUGGAAUAUGUAUCUUGGGACUUCAGACUCCAAAAAAGAGUUGAGUUUACCUGCUUUUUAUCUCCUUCCUUUUCUUACUAAUAAUUCUUGUUGUUUUAAAAAGGAAACCUGAGCCAGACUUAACUUAUUUAAAGGUGUCCACUUGUACAUAUGUAGAAUUUAGUUAAUUUUUUGCCCUUUUUUUUUUCUGAGCCUAUAUUUUGCUUGGUGAUUUAAGAAAAAAAAAAGCUUAAAAAAUCACAAGUCUUAAUGAAAGUUUGUAUGUAAUAGCAUGCAAAUAAUAUAAGAAUUAAUUAAUUUAAUUAUGUUGAAAAAGCCGAAUGCACUAUAUACAGGAAUCAAUUGGAUUAAAUAAUACUGUUGUUUUAUAGAGAUUUAAAACUAUCUAUGCUGUUAAAAAUAUUGGAAAAAAGUUAACAUUCUAAGAUGACCUGAAAGGCAAUAUAGUAAUAUAUGGACUGCAAUCAGUUGGCUGCUAUAUCACUAUGCACCAGAUUUAUUUAUUAACUCCUGGGAAACAAUAUUAUUUUAACCCUGAUGAUUUUAAAAAAGAAAUGGCAAUCUUGCAAUUACGCUUUGUGUGAAAGUUUAAAGAAAAAGCAGUUGGAGUUUUUAACAAGUUGCUUAUUUUAAAAAAGGAAAUCUUGGGGAAAACUGUAAAAGUCUUAAAAACAAACCACGUGUGAACUUUGGCAACUGGUGCAUUUUAGGUGCUGCUUGUGCAAAGCAUUUUAAAUAACCAGUUUGUUUCAAUUUCUGAUGGUUUUAACUCUGUUGCAUCAAGAUAGAACUUAUAUUCAUCUAGAGCUUCAGUUAAGUCUUUUUUUAUAUAAACUGCUGUUGAGCCUUGUGGGCUAUUGCAACCUCAAAAACACCUAUAUCUUUUUUGUUUUGUUUGUUCUUUGAAUUGUUUCCUUUGUGUUCAGGCAUCAAUGCAAAAACUCAUUUUAGCUUUCAUUUGCUACAGACGAACGAAAAAUAAAUCUCUUUAGACAUACCUAUCUUUUUUUGCCUUCCUAGUUUUUGUAGGGAGGGGACAUCGUUUGAAAUUUUUGCACUGGUGAUUGUCUC